AUGCCCCUCUCCCACCCCUGGGCAGCUUUCAGCGGCUCCAUGGGCUGCAGGGUGGCAAGGGCCGCCGUCUGCCCAGGGCUCUUGGCAGUUGGCGUGGCAAGUAACCUCCUGGCAGUGCUGGCCAUCCGCGGCUACCGCAACACAAAGACCACCAACGAUCUGCUCAUCAUCCUGGGGCCACCCUUCGGCCUCUGGCGCUCCCAGCGCUGGAGCUUGCUCUCCCACUGCCUCAGCGAGGGCUGCACCUACUGCGCUGUCCUCUGCCUCGCCAUGGAGCGCUACCUCCCCCUCUGCUUCCCCCACAAGGCCAGGGUGGUUGUCACCAAGCACCAGGUGAAGGCCAUCAUAGGCCUCCUCUGGGCCUUUGCCCUCCUCUCCACCAGCCCAUUCUUCCUGGUCAGCGUGGAGCAGCCCAACAGCCACCCCAACUCCAGCUGCGACUGCAAGCCCGCCCCACAGGCUCUGGAGUCCAGCCUGCUGGCGCUGUUCUGGGUCACCACCUCUUACUUCGUCCUGCCCGUCAUCUGCCUCAACAUCCUCUAUGGCUUCAUCAGCUUGGAGCUGUGAUGGAGCAAUGCCCAUCUGCAGGGCCCCAGUGUGGUCCUCCGGGAGAAGGGGUGCCACCAGACCAUUGAUAUCUUGGCUUUUCCACCUGAGCGCAUCCAUCAACCCUACCCUCUACAACCUCAUCUCGAAGAAGUACAGGGCAGCAGCCUCCAGGCUGCUGGUGCCACCAGGAGCUGCAGAAAGGGCUUUCCCGGCAAUGAAAGACGCUGGUGGCUACACCAAGACCAUGCUAGCACGAGACAAGUACCCCACCAGCCCCUGAGACCACAGCCCACGCUUUUCCAGGCAUUCUCUGCAAAGGGAGGGAACGUACUUUUCACGGGAGAGUUGCAGCAGGACGGACAUUUGUCAGGCCCUGUGGUAUUUUGAAACCAUUUGUAUUUUGAAAUACUUGUGGGUUUGUUAACAAAGCGAGCAGGGACCAUGAAGUAG